AUGAGGAAUUGUGAAAAGAAGCUGAUUUACCAAUUGGACCCACUUAUUUACUAUGGCAUUUCAAAGGGAGUUGUGAAGCCACCACGUGAACAGUCAUCUGGUAAUUAAAUCAUAUUAUUUUGUUUUUUGAUUAAUUAGAGUACCAACAUUGGAUUCAUUGGCACCGACAUUAGGUGUUAAUAGAAAAUAAUGAAUGAAAAUUGCAUUUUGAUUUAUACUGUAUACUAAUAAAUUAUAUGAAAAUUGCAUUUUUUAGCUCUCAAAAUCACAGUGCUCUUAUUAAAAAUGUAACUUAAUUAAUAUUAAUUUAUGUGGGUAGCCCGUUUGCGGGCUUUUUUUUGUGGGCAGCCCGUUUGUUAUGCUGAAAGUUGGAUGUGAGAGAUGUCCACUUUUCGGAAAUUGACGGCAGAUGUUCGGCUUAUGUUCGGAAACUUCGUUCAUGAUGUGUUUUAAUAUAGUUUGUGAGCUAUGGAAAAGUUUAGUAUUUCCAAGACGUUUUUAAUAAAGCAACGCCAACGGCGAGUAUUCUACGUGUAUUUAUAUCGACCUUUUGUCUCAGCAGGGUUACACAUAACAAACAAAAAUCAUCUUGCAUUAUUAAAAACAGGAUAACAGUGAGUAUAUAAAUAUGUGCAUUUAAGGUGGCUCCCUACAGUUAUUCUUGUUUACUGUCGUUCCAAUUGAAGUGUUCCUCAAAUAUUGAUUCAAUACAUUACCUCGGGCUGACAAAUUCAUUUGAUCAAGUUCCUCGAGAUAUUCAUACACUUCCUAGUAUAAUUGUAAACUUCCUGUUGAAUAGUUUGAAUGCACCAAUCCCCUUUGUUGUUUGUGCAACUAACCAAUCAUAAAUAGAAAGGAAGUGACCAGAAAUGAUCAAAUACUUGGAAUUGGCUCUUUCACAGGAAGUGUAUGAAUAUCUCGAGGAACUUGAUGAAAUGAACUGGUCGAACUGAGGUAAUGUAUUGAAUCAAUAUUUGAGGAACACUUCAAUUGGAACGUCAGUAAGAGGCUGUCUCCGUAAAAACCUGCAGGUCAAUAUGGGGCUCAAAAAUAGAUUUCUCUCAUACUCUCGUAUUUUGAAGAUCUAUCCUUGGUAACAACUAAAAUCGAUUUCAUUUUACUCAAAUUUCCUUUAAAUUGAAGGCAAAAUAUCGACAUAUUUUCAGCGCUAUUUUUUAAAUCAAAUUCAUACCUAAAUUUCAAAAUUUUUGCUCAGAAAUAUAUAGACUUAUCAUUAAAAAAAAAUGGAGUUACGAAAAUGGAGUUAAUGAAUGUGUGACUGAAUUCCAAAAUAUUAUAACUCACGCAGCAAAAAAAUCUUUGAAAAUAAGAAAAAAGAAAACUAGAAGAAAAAUAAACAACGUAGCAAACAAAAAAUGGUUUGAUAAGGAAUGCCGACUUAAAAGACAUGAAUUACGUAAAAUUGCAAAUCAAAAACAUAGAGACCCAACAAAUUUGGCUAUAAGAGAAGCCUACCAUACUGCUCUCAAAACCUACAAAGAAACUUUAGAAAGAAAAAGAACUAAAUUUCAAAACGACAUGCUAAUUGAACUAGAAAAGGCUGCUGAAGACAAUCCUAAUGCGUUCUGGAAAACUUUCCGAAACGCUUCCGAUGAAAUAAACAAUGCCAAUUCCGACAACACCCCAAAAGGGGAUGAUUGGUUCAAUCAUUUUUCCAAAUUGCACUGCAAGCACAAACUAACUAAGGAACAUGAAAAAAUCGUUGAAAAUCUUCAAAACCAAGAGAAACUUCGAGAUCAACAUAAUACACUUGACACAGAGAUAACUGAACAAGAAAUAAUAAAAACAGCAAUGAAAUUAAAAUUGAAAAAAGCUGCAUACUCAGACAAAAUAAAAAAUGAAAUGAUUAAGUCUAGUGCAGAUAUUCUAACACAAGGAUUUGUUAAACUAUUCAACAUAAUUUUAAAUUCUGGAAAGUUUCCGGAAUUAUGGUGUGAAGGUCUUAUUACCUCAUCUAUAAAUCAGGUAAUAAAUUGGAUCCAAAUAACUACAGAGGAAUCUGUGUGUCAAGUUCUCUAG